CUAGAUCCAGCCGGUGAGGGGGAUCGAGCCGGUGAAGGGGCUGAGUGUAGGGUCCUCUGGGCUGGUGGGGAGGCCGAUACUGGAGUGAGUGGGUUGUGCUGAGGGAACCGUCCUGGCUCUGGGGAAGAGAAUCUCUGCCUGUGAGAACCGCCUUCGCCGGCCCGGGCCCCUCCCAGUUCCCCCAGCGACGGCCGCUUCCUGGUCCCCGUCGCAACCAUGGCUGAAGAACAGCCGCAGGUCGAAUUGUUCGUGAAGGCUGGCAGUGAUGGGGCCAAGAUUGGGAACUGCCCCUUCUCCCAGAGACUAUUCAUGGUGCUCUGGCUCAAGGGAGUCACUUUCAACGUCACCACCGUUGACACCAAGAGGCGAACCGAGACGGUGCAGAAGCUGUGCCCAGGAGGGCAGCUCCCGUUUCUGCUAUAUGGCACAGAAGUGCACACAGACACCAACAAGAUCGAGGAGUUUCUGGAGGCAGAGCUGUGUCCCCCCAGGUACCCCAAGCUGGCAGCUCUGAACCCUGAAUCAAACACAGCUGGCCUGGACAUAUUUGCCAAAUUUUCUGCCUACAUCAAGAAUUCAAACCCAGCACUCAAUGAUAAUCUGGAGAAGGGGCUCCUGAAAGCCCUGAAAGUUUUAGACAACUACUUGACAUCCCCCCUCCCAGAAGAAGUGGAUGAGACCAGUGCUGAGGAUGAGGGCAUCUCUCAGAGGAAGUUUUUGGAUGGAAAUGAGCUCACUCUGGCUGACUGCAACCUGUUGCCAAAGCUCCACAUAGUUCAGGUGGUGUGUAAGAAGUACCGUGGAUUCUCCAUCCCUGAGGUGUUCCGGGGCGUGCAUCGGUACUUGCGAAAUGCGUAUGCGAGAGAAGAGUUCGCCUCCACCUGUCCGGAUGAUGAGGAGAUCGAGCUGGCCUAUGAGCAAGUGGCCAAGGCCCUCAAAUAACCUCCUCCUGGGGCUCCAUCACUCCCCCUCCGUUUUUCUCCACAAAGGCUCCCAGGUGGUUUCCAAUUGGCUACCCAAUGGACACA